GCGUCGCUUUCUUCCUCGCUUCUAACAAAGUCAACAACUACGACGCGAACCAGUCUGCUUCCUCUUCCUCUUCCUCUUCUCGCAGAGGGGAGGGCGAAGAAGGUAUUGUCCGCAUGGAAGGGGAGAGACCGUCGCCGCCUCCUCCACCGCAGCUCCACGGAGUCAUCAUCAUCUCUCUCCCUCCUCCCGAUGAUCCCUCCAAGGGCAAGACCAUCACCGCCUUCACCUUCUCCGACGAUUCCCCUCCACCGCCUCCUCUGCCGGUGCCCUCCGUGGAGGUACGACACUCCCGCUCUCGACAUGGGCGCCGAUACUUCCUCUCCCGUAGAAGGGUCGCCGUCUUCGCCCUGGGCGCCGCGUUCCUCCUCUUCUCCCUCUGGAUCUGCCUCUUCUCCGAAUCGCCUCUGCAGAUGGUCAAUGGGACCCAGGAGGAGAACGAUACGGAGGAGAAGCGAUCUUUCUUGUUCCAGCUCUACCCCAAGUCGGGCCGUCGAUCCCUACGGGAGCUCGGGGAUGUGAAGCUGGGAUCAUUUGGGGCUCGCCACUUUGUAGGAUCGUGGAAGAUGAGAUCGAGUAGGAGAACGGAGACGACUGAUUCCUCUGCGAUUUUUCCCAUCGGAGGCAAUCUUUUCCCGGACGGACAAUACUAUACAACUAUUUUUGUUGGGAGUUCACCUAGACCUUACUUCCUUGAUGUGGAUACUGGGAGUGACUUAACAUGGAUCCAGUGUGAUGCUCCAUGUACUAGCUGUGCGAAGGGACCCCAUCCCCUAUACAAGCCCAAUAGAGGAAACAUUGUUCUUCCCAGCAAUUCUUUUUGUAUGGAAGUACAACGUAAUCAGAAUUAUCAUUACUGUGACUCCUGUGAACAAUGUGAUUAUGAGAUAGAAUAUGCAGAUCAUAGUUCCUCCAUGGGUGUCCUUGCAAGAGAUGAUAUGCACAUUAUUGAUGCAAAUGGUGAAAAGGCAAAAUUCAGUUUCACUUUUGGGUGUGCUUAUGAUCAACAAGGCCAACUUUUAGCCUCUCCUGCAAAAACAGAUGGGAUUCUUGGACUUAGCAGUUCGAAAGUAAGUUUACCUUCUCAAUUGGAAAGUCAAGGUAUCAUUAGCAAUGUCAUAGGUCAUUGCAUAAAACGAGAAGCCAAAGGUGGGGGAUACAUGUUCUUAGGAGACGACUAUGUUCCUCAAUGGGGUGUGACUUGGGUUCCCAGACAAAGUGGCCUCACAAAUUUCUAUAUUUCUAAAGCUUCAAAAAUUAAUUAUGGAGGCAAGCAAAUUUCGGGGCAGAAAGGAAAUGCAGUCCCAGUAAUUUUUGAUACUGGAAGCUCGUACACUUACUUUCCUGAUGAAGCAUAUGGGAAGCUAACCGCUUAUCUCCAGUCCAUGUCCAAUAACUUCAUCCAAGAUGUCUCUGAUCUUACAAUGCCAAUCUGUUUGCGUGCCGACUUUCCUAUCAGGUCUUUUAAAGAUGUGAAGCAAUUCUUUGAACCAUUAACCCUGCAAUUCGAAAAGAAAUGGUGGACCAUGUCAAAAUCAUUCACUAUUCAACCUGAAGGAUACCUAGUAAUCAGCGAUAAAGGCAAUGUGUGCUUGGGCGUCCUUAAUGGAACUGAAGUACAUGAUGGAUCAACUGUAAUAUUGGGAGACAUUUCCUUGCGGGGGAAGCUCGUUGUUUACGACAAUACACAGCAGAAAAUAGGUUGGGUCCAGUCAGAGUGCGCUAAACCACAGAAAUCUACUGGUUUCGCUUUCUUUGUCUAAGCUAGAAAUUUGGACACUGGACGGCAACUACAUGUUAAUAGGAGUGAUGGAUGGAGCAUGUUGAGUUUACUAAAUAUAUGAUGAUGUAAAUAUAUGUUCGAGGAAUUCCCAUGUAGGGCUUUACUUUGCCCCUCUUUGCAGACAAAAAUAUUGAUAACUAUUAAUAUUAUAAAGACAUUUAAAGUAAA